UGAGGCAGCUCGUGGAAGGUGCUGCGUAACUGUCGAAACUGGUGGAAAUUCGACUGGCAGUGAGCAGUACUGGGAGGAUUAAAAUUCGGGGGAAAGAGGCACGCUGCUGCAUCUUGGAGACUGAGUUUAGAAAGGAUUGGAUUUCCAGGUUAGCCACUUUGGAAGCACAGCGCCUUCUUUAUUUAUUAAGACAAAGCGAGUCUCGCUGCGCUUGAAUGCGAUCUGUCUUUAACAUAACUUGUUGACUGAGUUUGAUCGAAACACUCCAGUGUCCUGCCAUCUCCAGGAGACAAGAUUUGUCAUACAGGGUCACUUCUUUGACUGGCUAAAGAUGAGAAGUGGUGUUCUACAAGAAUUUGUGUAAAGAUGAAACCAGUAAUUGCUGGAAAUACUCAAGUCAGGUUACAGUUGAAGAGUCUAGGGCCAGUAUUACAGAUAUCAUAAGACGUUUUGUGAUCUGAAGUAACUUUGAUCUUCCUCAGGAACAAGAAAAAGCAAUGAGGAAAGAACUUGGAAUAUAGUCAGUACUCCUGAGGCGCUCAUGCUUAGGGAGACUGCAUCUUGGACACUAAUUGAAUUUUAAACUACAAGAGGAAUUGGCAUCCUUCUGGAGCCUACAGUGAAUAUGUUGAUUGAUGUCAUAUGAUGCAACUGAAUGGAUGCAAAUGAUAUUUUUGUUAGCCUGUGUGACCACCCUUCUUAUAUCCGAUACAGAAUGGAAGCUUCCUGCUUGGAAUUGGCCUUAGAAGGUGAACGACUCUGUAAAACAGGAGACUGUCGAGCCGGGGUGUCAUUUUUUGAAGCUGCAGUUCAGGUUGGAACAGAGGACCUGAAAAUUCUUAGUGCCAUCUACAGUCAGCUUGGAAAUGCUUACUUUUAUUUGCAUGAUUAUUCCAGAGCACUGGAAUACCACCAUCAUGACUUGACUCUUGCAAGAACAAUUGGUGAUAGACUGGGAGAAGCUAAAGCCAGUGGUAACCUUGGCAAUACUUUCAAGGUUUUACGACAUUUUGAUGAAGCAAUUGUUUGCUGUCAAAGACAUCUAGACAUUUCCAGAGAACUCCGUGAUAAGGUAGGUGAAGCAAGAGCGCUUUACAACCUUGGUAAUGCAUACCAUGCUAAAGGAAAAAGUCUGGCUUAUGCAGAGACUCAGAAUCCAGGUGACUUUCCAGAAGAGGUGAUUGUGGUUUUACAAAAAGCUUCAGACUACUAUGAGGCAAAUUUAGCAAUUGUUAAGGAACUAGGAGACCGAGCAGCUCAGGGACGUGCUUAUGGAAAUCUAGGAAAUACACAUUAUCUUUUGGGGAACUUCAGAAAAGCAGUGGAAUCCCACAAAGAGCGCUUAAAAAUUGCAAAGGAGUUCGGAGACAAAUCAGCUGAAAGGAGAGCGAGUAGCAAUCUGGGAAAUGCCUUUGUGUUUCUUGGUGAAUUUGAAAUAGCAGCUGAAUAUUACAAGAGAACAUUGCAUCUUGCUCGACAGCUAAAGGACAGGGCUGUUGAAGCACAAGCUUGUUACAGCCUUGGAAACACUUAUACUCUUCUUCAAGACUACAAAAAGGCCAUUGAAUAUCACUUAAAACAUCUUAUUAUAGCACAAGAACUUGCAGAUAGGGUUGGUGAAGGGAGAGCUUGUUGGAGUUUAGGAAAUGCUUAUACUGCACUAGGAGAUCAUGAACAAGCUGUACAUUUUGCUGAGAAGCACUUUGAAAUUUCAAAAGAGGUAGGGGAUAGAAGUGGUGAACUUGCAGCUCGGAUGAAUCUUUCAGAUCUUCAGAUGGUUUUGGGCAUUAGUUAUAGUGCAAACAAUUCCAUCUUGGCCACAGGCCACAAACUGGAAUUGGACUCGCAAGGUGCUCGACCAAGCUUAGGGCGCCGACAAAGUAUGGAAAAAAUGGAACUAAUGAAGCUAACACCAGAUAAGGUUCAAAACUGGAAUAGUGAAAUUCUUGUGAAACAGAAACCUGCACUUUGGAAGCCAUCAACCAAGUUGCUGUUUCUAAAUCGAUUCAGGGGCAAAAACCAUAAAAGUAACAGUUCAUCUGCUAAAGCUCUUAAGGACAUAAAUGACGCUAGGGUUCAUGUUCCCCAAAAGAGAAUCAAUCCCAGUAUGGUGGGAGAUGAAGGAUUUUUUGACUUACUGUGCCGAUUUCAGAGCAAUCGGAUGGAUGAUCAACGAUACUCCUUCACAAGCAGUCAGAAAGGGUUGAUAAGUAAUACACCAGCCUCAUCGACCCCAUCUAAAAUAUUUGGUACCUCACCACAGACAGGUGAGUUUUUGGAUCUGCUUGCAAGCUCCCAGAGCCGUCGACUAGAUGACCAGCGUGCAAGCACUGGCAAUCUUCCAGGUUUACGGGUAGACCAACAUAAUUAUCACUCUGUAUUUAGUCACCUGAUCACCAGUGCAGACAGCAAGGAGCCAGAUGAUUCUUUCUUUGACAUGCUGGUAAAAUGUCAGGGUGCGAGACUAGAUGACCAGAGAUGUGCUCCACCACAGACUGCACAUAAAUGUAUUACUGUUCCUGAUGAAGAUUUCUUCAGUCUAAUCCUGCGAUCUCAGGCAAAACGCAUGAAUGAACAACGUGUGGCACUUCCCUCAAAUGUGGAAGAACAAAAGAGGGAACUCUCUCAAUGAUCUAAAUAUCUACAAUGCUUGCUUACACCGAAUUAAGAACCUAACUAUUCUCGGAAAAUUGAAGUUGAUGUCUUGGAUUUGGUAAAAUUUACCCUGCACUUUGGAAUAAUGGCAGCCUUGGAUUCUAAGUUUCUGUCCACAAAUGGAUGUGGCUUUUCAGUUUUUUUUUGUUUUUAAUUCCCUUCCAUUGUUCAGUUUGAAAUUUUCAAAGGAAUUAAAGCUGAACCAAUGGUUGUUAAUUCCUGUAUAAACUGGUCAAAAAAUACAUAAGUAAUCCCAUUUUUUCAUCAUCAAUCUAAUGAUGAGUAUAACAAGAUCAUCCAGUAUUUUAAAAGUGGAGAUCAAAAAAUCAAUAUUGGUUACAUUCAUUUUUAAGAUUUACAUUUCUAUUAAUAUAAUAUUGCAACCUUUUUGAAAGAAAGCAAUCUAAAAGCUGAGUAUUAUCUAUUUUACGAUUUCAUUUUGAACUGAUUGUCAACAUUUAGUUACUAUAGGAAAUCAUCGGUAUUUAUAAGUUAUCUGAUGUACAAAUAUUUGUCGUCUCAAUGUGCUGAUUUUUAUUUUCUCAGUUUAGAAAUUUUCUUAAACUGAUGGAUUUCUGGAUUUAGAAAAAAAAAUCUGCUUAAGAAGUGCUUUUAGUUCUUUAUUGCAAAUCCAGUACUCGGCAUUUAUAUUUCAAUUUUUCUUGUUUUUGUGGUUGGUGUCAGUCUUGAAUUUUUGCAUUUUGGGUUUAAAACCUCCAAAUCUAUCCCUUUCAGGUCACUCAAUGUUUGCUAUCAGUCAGGUAAAAAGAUAUUUGUUUGACUUUUACAACUGCAUUUUUUUUAAAAACAUAAGUAUUCUUCCAAGUUGUACAAGAAGAAAAACAAUUCUCGACUAUCUAACAGGACAGGUGUUUUUUUUAAAAUUGAAAUCUCAGGAUAAAAGUUAUCAAAGAGGCAUAUUUAAGAAUUUUUUUCCUACUAGUGUCUCUGAGCAAAUAAAACAAUUUGAGUUGGUAAUGUUUCUUAACACUAUGCAUUCUGUAAAUCAUCUUUUUGUUUUUAAAAAAACAAUAAUGAUAGGAUAGAGGGGAAUGAACAAGCUUGCAAAUAUUGAGUCAAUAUUUGGUGGGUUUUUUUUGGGAGAAAUAAUCCCAGGCAGCUGAGUUGGAAAUUUGUUCUCCCAAAACAAAAGGAGCAAUUUGUAUUUAGUUCAUUACAAAAUGCUGAAUUUUGGCAAAAUGUAGUACUUCAUUACUUUUGUAAUCCUUGCCUACCUAAAAAGAACAAUUUUUUUUAAUCCCCCUCCAUAUUGAUCACUAUAUUGGCUUUCAGUUUAACUACUGUAUGUUGGUUGUGUGUUUAUUUUGCAAUGAUGUAGUGUAUUCUGGAAUCAUGACUUCAAUAAUGUUACAUUAAAGUAUGCAGCCUUCAAAUCA